UGAGUGUGAGCUGAUCCUCUCAGGUUAUUUUGGGGAUCAGCUGUUGGUCCCGUCAGCAGGACCCUCCUCCUCCUCCUCCUCCUCCUCCUCCUCCUCCUCCUCUUCAGUCCUCAGUCUGUCCCCUCUUCACCUCCUUUACUCCUCUCUUCGUGAACUCUGAGGAUGGAGACGAAAGCAGUGAAGGUUGUGGUGACGGCUCAGCCGGACGGGGCGUCCUCCCCCCUGGACGAGGACACAUCUGGACCUGACCUCUGUGACCCCAUGCAGGAGUUCAGCCGGCGUCUGGAGGCCAUCAUCAGCUCGUACGGCGCCGCGGCCUCCAGCCUCCCGGACAAACAGAGUUCAACGGACACAGAGACCGAGAAGACGAAGGAGGGGACAAAAGAGGACGUCACAGUUACCAUGGAGACCGACAUCUCUCUGAUCAUGCAGAGUCUGAGCAAGUCAUCUUCCUCGGAGGAGAAACUUGGAGAUCUGGUCAGAAAAUAUGCUGAACUGGCGACCCUGCGGCGCUGCGAUGAGAGGAAGUUGUGUGUCCUGCAGCAGAAGAUGUGGACCGUGCAGGAGGAGCGGAAGCAGCUUCAGGCCGAGCGUCGCAGCAGCGUCGCAGCUCGCAGCAAACUGGAGACUCUGUGCAGGGACCUGCAGUCGCACUACACAACACUGAGGGAGGAGACGCUGCAGCGCUGCAGGGAGGACGAGGAGAAGCGGAGCGAGAUCACCUGCCACUUCCAGAAGAUGCUGAAGGAAAUCCAGACUCAGAUCGAGCAGCACAGCGCCAGGAACGACAAGCUGUGCCACGAAAACGCCAACCUGACGGACAAGCUGGAGAGCCUCAUGAACCAGUGCGACCGGAGGGAGGAGAGUUUAGAGAAGAUCGACCGUCACCGCGAGCUGCAGCACAAACUGACCGACGCCAAACUGCAGGAGGCCAACGCUCUGCUGACUCAGGCCGAGGAGAAGCACAAGAGAGAGAAGGAAUACUUACUGGUUCAGGCUGCUGAGUGGAAACUGCAGACUAAGACACUCAGAGAGCAGUCGACUGUGAUGCAGGCACAGCUGACCCUCUACGGCGAGAAGUUUGACGAGUUCCAGGCGACUUUGGCCAAAAGCAACGAAAUCUACAUGCGCUUCAAGAAGGAGAUGGACAAUAUGUCAGACAAGAUGAAGACUAUGGAGAAAGAGUCGAACGUGUGGAAGACGAGGUUUGAGAACUGCAACAAGGCUCUGACGGACAUGAUCCAAGAGAGAACAGAGAAGGCCAGAGAGUACGACCAGUUCGUGGUGACGAUCCACAAGCUGGAGCGACUGUGUCGGGUUCUCCAGGAGGAGAGGACAGUGCUCUAUGACAAAAUCAAAGGCAUCCGCCAGUCCAACUCCCAGCUGCCGGCGAAGCUGUUCGACAGCCUCUCGGAGGCCGCGGACAAACCCGUCCUCCUGACUCCUGUGGAGCUGCAGGAGGACGACCCGGUGCUCACAGAGGACAUGGCUCGUCUCAGGCAGGAGCAGGCCAAGCUGCAGGAGUUCGCCGACUCCCUGUUCGCCGCACCUGCCGACGUCGACCAGGACGCUGUAGAUACUGACCUCAAUGAAGACGAGGUCGCUUCUGCGUUUGCCAAUUUCAAAACCAAACCUCAGGUCCAACAGGAGCCGGUUUCAGAAGCCGAGCAGGAGGUGGAAGCUGAUGUUUCUCUGCAGGAUAAAGUGGAGACGGUUCAAAAGCCAGAUGUGUCCACAGCUGGAGAAGUGGAGGUGAAACCAGAGGAGGAGCAUCUUUCUGCACAGGAACCAGCAGCAGCGGUUCCUGAGAAGGUUGAGAAUCAUCCUGCGACAGAACCAAAGGCUGAAAUGUUGAAGACGCCCGCUGAGGUCCGAGCUGACGAACCUGUGCAGGCGACGACCUCCGGGUCUCCGUCUGAAAACACGACCGCCGCCUCCAACGCAGACUCCUCCAAGAAACAGGCCCCGAAGAAGAAGAAGAAGAGGAGCGGCAAGAACAACAGCUAGAGCUCCAACCACCAGAGGGUGUGUGUGUGUGUGUGUGUGAACUGAAAUCAUCUUUGCACCUUUUGCUAAAAGUUGAAAUCUCUUUAGACUGCUGCAGUUGAAGAGUUUCACCAGAUCAGACGAAUCAUCUGUGUUUUACAGUUCAAAUAAAGAUUUGGAUUCAAGCUGUGGAGCGUAAACACCAGUGAUCAGUCGAAGUUUGUUUCUGUGUUAAUCAUAAAGUCUUUUGUUCCAGAGACUCUAAUAUAUCAUUUCUGACA